CGCUGUGAGAAUAACUUUUGAAGAGAGAAAGAGAGAGAGUCGCUGCAAUGGAAAUAUCCUCGAGAGAGGCCCUCGACUUGAGGCGUUCAUAGGCAUCUCCAACUUCGAUAAAGUAAUCUUCUUAGCACCGUCACGAUUUUUUCCUUUUUCUAUCCCGUGUCAAAAAGGUUUUGUAUACACAAGAGUUCUUGUAAAGGUCGACAUUUAAAAAGCCUGACAGGAAGAUCAUGCCGCCUGUCGCUGUCCAUGGAGCACUCCUCGAAUCAUAUUCGAGCGGGAAGAUUCCUGUCAUCGCAUUAACACUAAAUUCGCCGACAACAUCGUCCUCCUCUCUUGCGAUGCACUGGUCGGGCCACACGACUUUGGCAGACCAUCCUUCCGGACGUCUUGAUCCUGCCCAACAUCAUCGUGUGGCAGCUUCUCACAUAAGUACCUCGUCUACAGUGACUUCCUUCGCCGAAGGUCCAGCCUGUAUCAAGAACGGUGCAAAAUGUAACAACGACAAAGACAUUCUCUUCGAGGUGAAACAAGAUUUGAAAAAUGAACGGCUACAGGCCGCGGAAUCCACGAACAAGUUCCACGACGCGGCGGUCCGGACCGGGAAAAACGUAAAGAGGCUCUACGCGAAAUUUCUCGGGGCGGUCAAAGAGUACGACGAAGCGCGCGCGGAUUUAGAUGAUUCGGCGUUGAAAAAGGCACGGACUGAGAUGGAUUUCACGUACAAUCUCGCGACGGACAUGCACGCGCAGACGUGCAAGAAACUGCAAGAUCCAGAGCUCCCGUGUAGCAAGCAGUUCGCGUUCAUGACGCAGCAAAAAUGGGCGCGGAUGCCGGUGCCAACCUGCGUCACGGGGGUCACCACGCCGUAUGACGAUCAAACCAUUCAGAACGACGUGAACGCACUACGAGAAGCGGAGAGAUCUUGUGUUAUCCUGUAGUGCUGACACGGAGCGACGCAUAAGGUCGAACUCGAAGACAAAAUGAACAAGCACAAAAAUAAAGCUGUGCGCACCUGUCAGCUUCUGCGAGUUUCAAUGAAUGACGGAUGUUUUCAAACCUACCUAGCCAUGUUGCGUUUCCGUGAAUGAAGUUGAUUGAGUUUGCCGUGUGUCGAGAAAAACUUGAAGGCAAGUCCGACAGAAGAUGUUCCACGCAGGUGACGUUGUGGAACCACAUGAGAACUGGGUGCGGCACCAGCCCAUGACAACUGGGUGACGCUACCUGAGAACUGUAUGAUACCGCAUGAGAUGAAGCGUACGAAAAACAAAGUCAGAAAUCAAGAUUGCAAGACAAGCAAAAGUGUACCUUCAAGCGAGGCCAGAUCUGCAUC